GACACCUUCGCCAAACACUUCGCCGCAGCUGAAAAAGCAACGGAGACUGAUGCGCAAGGCCUGAUAACCGAGGAUACCAUCAUCCCUACUGAUGCCCGGUGGGAUGGCACUGCACUCCCGUCUAUCGCGGCCCUGACCAACGGCUUCGCGACCCUGAAAAAGGCCAAAGCGUCAGGAUUGUCUGGCCUGCCGGCAGAAGCCUACUUGGGUUCCCCUCUGGCGGCCGCGCUCAAAUACUGGCCAGCCAUCGUCAAGGAGCUCCUGAGGGAUAGAACGGCCAUUCACUGGCGAGGCGGCGAGGCCAUCCCCAUCCCUAAGCCAUCCAAGGCGCCAGAUGCCUGUACUGGGUACCGCCCGAUCGCACUCCUCGAGACUGACAGCAAAGCGGUGCAGAAGGCCUUGAGACCAGCUGUGGUCAAGGCUCUCCAGACGGUGCAAGUGCCGGACCAGUACGGCGGCAGGCCUGGCUGCACCCUCGGGCUCCCCAUUGCCUGUGUUAAAGCUCAUUUUGACGGCCUCAAGCGCGAGGGCAAGUCUGGAGCAGCCAUAUUCUUCGACUGCACCACGGCUUAUUAUGCCGUCAUCAAGGACAUGCUGACGCUGACAGACGACCAGCGGGGGGACACGCAGCUAUUACAGCACAGGGCGCGUCUGCUUUUUGUGGACACUGACCAGCAAGAGGCAUUUAUCAAGCACAUGCAACAAGGGGAGUUGGCUUCCGCCCUCGGAGCUACUCCUGAGCUCCGGGCACUCAUCCGCCAACACCUCAAGGACACAUGGUUCGUUUGCCGCCAGGGCACAGGCCAGGUUUACAGGUCAGAAUGUGGCACCAUCCCGGGUGCCCCGCUUGCAGAUGCCCUCUUCAGCCUAGUGUUUGCCGGAAUCCUACGCGAAGUGAAGGUGCAGCUACAGGCCAACGGUUGGGAGCCGAAGUUCUGCAGCCGGCAAGGCGGCGCGGGGAGCACCCCCACUUGGGCUGACGACACAUGUGCCCUGGUGUCCACGGCCGACGCAGCAGACGUAGUCCCCGCCAUACAGACUACCACAGCCACCAUGGUCCGCUGUAUGGCAAGGGCGGGACUUUCGGCCAACUUCGGGCCCGGCAAGACGGAAGCCAUGGUUGCCUACCACGGCAGAGGCUCUCGAGCCCCCAGAUUGGCAACGUUGUGCCGUGAAGAUCCGGUCAUCACUCUUCCGCACAGCUCCAUGACCGGGCACAUUCGGGUUGUCCCUGAGUAUCUUUACCUGGGGAUACUCCUACGCGCUGAUGGCCAAGAGCUGCCUGGGCUCAAGCAUCGGCGAUCGCAGAUGCAGGCAAUCUUCCAACCCUUACGAGCCAAGCUCCUAUGGAACACCAGCCUCUCCAAGAGUGAAAAGUUGGAGCUCUUGAGAGGAAGAGUCCUGAGCCGUUUCUUGUACGGAGCAGGCCACUGGCUCCUCCGCACUGAACAAGAGCAGCAGGCGUUCCGCGAAGCGAUCUCGGGCGUUUACAGGGGCUCCUUUCGAGCCAUCCUGGGGGUGUCAUCUUGCCGCUUUUCAUGUGCGGAGACUGCAGCGGCUCUGGAGCUGCCAUUGCCAGACGAGUGGCUGGCAACUGAGCGCGCCAAGCUAUUGGUUCGACUGUGCACCCAUAGGCUUAGUGGGGUCGUCUGGGAGCUGCAGCAUGAAGCAAGCUGGUGGAAUUCUGCUUGCGAACAUCUGGCCAAGAUGCAGCUGCUUGCCAGCAGCACGGCCGGCCCCGAUGAGAUGCAGGACAUGCUUGCCGGCAAAGAUGUUCAGGUGCGUAAUGCCUGCCGGCUAUACCUGAAACGAGCCUGCAAGCGUCGCCGGCUGCCGCCUGAAUACAUCAAGGAAAGGGCGAAGGCGGCUCCUAUCCAGGUCCUUGCCCUGAAAUGCGACCGCCUACCCUUCGCCUGUGAGGUAUGCGGGAGCGCCUUUCGGUCCAAGCGACUCCUCAGUAUCCACAGGGCCAACUCACAUGGGCUCUUGGCAGAACACAGGUUGGUGUCGUUCGGCACCGCCUGUCAGGUGUGCGGGAUGGAAUUCUGGUCCGAGUCCAGGCUUUCCGGCCAUUUAAAACACGCCCACACCUGCCGUAAAGUCUACCGGGAGUCAGACAUUCACAGUGAGGCCGCUCCCGCUCCGCUCAACCAGGGGGAGCACGCUUGGAUACCAGCCCGGGCCUUCCAUGGUCCCCGCCCAUGGUGGGCCACUUUGCGGCCCAAGGGUUGA